AUGAAGUUUUUGAACGUUCAAGUCGUGCUUGACGUAGACAAUGGCAUUCAACGGGCCGGAUACGAGACCGAGGUCUUCACGGAGCUUGAUGACAAGACGACAAGUUAUGUCAUAUUGUCACAUCGCUGGGGAGCAGAGGUGAGUUAUAAAGAGAUGAUCAGGCUCAUGAGGAUGGAAGAACAAGAGAGGGAACAAGUUGGGCAGCGCGGCGGCUACAAGAAGAUCGUCGAGAGUUGCAAACAGGCCAUGAAAGACGGUUACAGGUGGUUGUGGAUCGAUACGUGUUGCAUUGACAAGCGGAGCAGUGCAGAACUCUCGGAGGCGAUCAAUUCAAUGUAUCGAUGGUGCCGCAACUCACAGAAGUGCUACGUGUACCUCAACGAUGUCGACGAGCCAGCCCUUCCUACUGAACAAGACUUCAAUAGGUUUGGGAGGUCCAACGGUUGGCCAGAGUGGUUUUCGCGAGGCUGGACCCUUCAGGAACUCAUCGCUCCGACGCAACUUGAAUUCUUCAACACAAACUGGGUAUCCAUUGGCACUAAAGAAGACCUGACAUCCACCUUGGAGGAGAUUACGCGCAUUCCAAAGAACGUUUUAAGGGACAAAGAGGCUUUCAUGAAGACCGAGUUCUGGGAACGUCCACCUGUCGCUCAUAUCAUGUCUUGGGCUGCUGGACGGAAGACGACGCGUGUGGAAGAUCGAGCGUACUCACUUUUGGGCCUUUUUGGCGUGAACAUGCCAAUGUUAUAUGGGGAAGGCUCGAAAGCGUUUCAGCGGUUACAACUAGAAAUCAUCCGGGUAUCUGGGGAUCACAGUAUAUUUGCCUGG